AUGGAAGGAAACGAUUCUAUUCAAGACAAACUUUCAAACAGUUUUAAUAAUUUUCUAAACUAUUACUUAGUACCUGGAGAUUCAAUAGAAAAUGCCAGCAAGCGUGUCCUUCUAACCACUCAACUUAUCUUCUCAUUUGCAAUUGGCUCUACUUCCUUUCUUCUUUUUUGUUUCCUGAGAACUCGAUGGAGUUCUAUGUAUUCACCUAGGCUUAGACUAAGAGGAAUUGCACCAGAUCCUCUUCCAUCAAGUUUCUUUGGAUGGAUUGGUCCAUUGCUUAGAAUUUCAGAAGUGGAAAUAUUAGAUCGUGUAGGUCUAGAUGCUGCUGUGGUAUACUCAAAAAGUUUUUUGGUAGCUUAUGCUAUAUUUACAUGGGUUUUUUCUCUUGCAACCUUUUAUUUCUCAUUUUAUAAUUAUAAAGAAUUUACGCAUGUUCGACAUCAUUAUUAUCUAAAACGGAAAGAUACCAUUGCUACUAGAACUGUAAUAGUAACAGGUAUACCAAAAAAUUUACAAUUCGAUAAAAAGCUUGCAGAUUUUUUUGAAUCAUUAGAAUUAGGAGAGAUAGAAAGUGCCGUUAUUUAUAGACAUGUUCGUAAAUUGAGAUAUGCAAUAGGUUUGCGAACAGAAUAUUUGAAAAAUCUAGAACUUGCAUAUGUUCAAUGGUUAGGCAAUCCUUGUUUAGAUCCUAACUAUGAUCCAGAUGAAUUAUACAAAGAAUUCGAGAAAUCGUUAAAUUCGGAACAGCCAUUAAGUAUUAAUAGUGAUGGUUUUAGUGAACAUCCUGUUUUUUCAAAGAUCAAAAAAAAAAGACCGACUAUGAGAACAAGUUUAUUUGGUCAAAAAGUUGAUAAAAUAAAUUAUUACACAAACCUAUUUAAACAAUAUGAUGAAUUGGUAAAAAGAGGCAGACGUGGAGCAUAUUCAUCAUCUUCGGUUGGUUUCGUGACCUUUAAAAGUAUAGUUAGCGCACAAAUAGCAUCACAAAUUCUUAUACGACCUGAACCUUUUACCUGUUACACUUCACUUGCACCAGAACCUCCUGAUUCAUUUUUGAAUUCAGUGUUGGAGAUAAUACGUGAUCCUACAGGAAUCGCAAAUAAAUUAGCGACUACCCUACCAAGAGUUUCUUCGUUUUUUGUUAAUUUUACUGCCCUUCAAGGUAUUGGUAUAGUGCCUUUUCAUUUAUUGAAACUUAGUGAUGUAAUACUUGCAUGGAUAAUGCGGGUCAUAUAUUCAAGAACACCAAGAGAUUAUGCUGAAGCCAGUGCACCUCCAUUUUUGAAUUAUGGAGAAGAAUUACCACAAAUUAUAUUGAUUUUUGUGAUUAUAUUGGUUUAUUCAUCAAUUGCUCCAAUAAUUCUUCUUUUUGUUUAUUUUCAUCCUUAUGAAACUGCUGGUCUUGCAUGGCCAAAAAUAUUUCGUCGAAUCAUCGUUGGUCUUUAUAUUUAUCAACUUAUGAUGAUUGGAUAUUUUUCACUCAAGAAAUCUUAUUAUUUAACAUUAGCCACUAUUCCUCUUCCUUUCAUCACUUCACUAUUUUUUUAUUAUGUUAAUCAAGCAUAUUAUCAUAUCUCUACAGUUAUUUCAUUACAACAUUUAGUAGAAACUGAAAAGAAAUCACAAUCUAUUGCAAGAAUUGAUAAUGAUGAAAAUUUAUCCAAUGAUCAAUCAUCUACUGGCAAAGAUAAAAGAAACGUUCAUAGUGAUGUUCUUGAAGAUGAUUUAUAUCAUGCAGCACCUGAUUACUACACAGAUUACAGUCAACCACCAAUGUCUUUGACUGAAGGUAUUCUCAAUACUGGUAUGAGAGAUUACAGAAAUCCUUCGUUGGUAGGAUCUUUGCCGAUUUUAUGGCUGCCAGUUAAAAGAUCAUUAAAAGACAAAUCAAAUCAAAAUGGAACUAUUGGAUCUAGAUUGGGCAUGGAUAGUGAUAAAAAGAAAGAUAAAUUUUCUGACUUGGAUGCUAAUAAUAACAUUAAUCUUUCUGCAUCUACAGCUUCUCAUGAUAUUCAACAUCAAAAAAAUAUUGACUCAGAACUAAGAUUAAACCAAAUUAUUGAAGAUCAGGAUCCAAAUAACCCCAAUAAAAUUUACCAUCCUCAUUCUGAUGAACCAACUGUUGGAUCAUCAUCAUCACCAUCUAGUAGAGAUCAAGAUCAAACAUCAUCUUCAAGUACUCCAAGUCAAAAUAGUAAGUCAAACAGGGCGAUUAUAUCAUUUGGUGAAUUAGCAGGAAGUAAUUUUGGUUUAGACCGAAAUAAAAAAGCAGAUUAG